CAUUGUCACACAUGUAACGAGGUCGGUAAUAUGCGAACAGAUCGGGUGGAGAAAUAGUAACAGAUGUCAAGGGUGUGCAGAAGCGAAGGAGAGGCUGUGGAUGGAUUGGGAGAGGCGUUAAUAAGUACACCAACAAGGGAAAUGGUCGUCAAGGAGGCCAGGGCAGACAUGAUUAGAACGGGGUUCACAUCUAAAAUGGCAGCUUUACGCCAUGGGUGGUGUCGGCCAAGACGUCACAAGCUACCAGACAUGGGCGUGUAUCGGUCGACAGCUACUACGGAACAGCCAAGGGCAAGCACGCGCACAUGGCAGAUGCACGAGAGUUUAGCGUCGUCGCAGGGCAGAGUCAGGUAUCGGCGAGUCCUAGAGUCGUUUGGAUUCAGGAAAGGCGUUUCAGUGGUAUUGCGGGGGUGGAGAGCGCCACGGUCAGAGCUACCAUCGAGCUGCCGGCGGCGCCGGCACUUGUGUCAAAAACAGGGCUCCACGACGGACUUAGCGAAACGAAGAAGAAAUCAUGGUUUGAUACGGGAGGGUAAUAACACAGCUUGAUUCAUAAGAUGACGCUUCCGGCUGCUGCUUGCAUACCGGGCUGGGUGGACCAAAAAUACGCUGCUGGCUGUGCAGUCAAAGUGUGCAAGCGAGUCGGCGAAGGCGAUGGUAUGGCAUGUGAUGAAUUAAAUGACG